AUGAACCCAGAAGAAGGCCCAUCGUCCCUCCGACGGUCCCGCCCAGCAUUGCACCGAGGAAAUAACCUUUCGGGACUUCCAGGAGCAGCAAAUCGAGGCACACAGAGGGGAGAGCCCGGAUCUGGGAACGCAGGCGACGGGGCUGGCGGAGAGAAAAAGGGGAAAUCCCGUUGGGAGCCACCUCUUCCCACCCGGUUUGGCAAGAGAGCCGCCCGACAUCGUGGCCCAGAUCCCGCACAAAAGCUUCCUGAAAUUUUUCCCACGAGCCGUUGCCGUCUUCGAAAGCUGAAAAUGGAGCGGAUUUCCGACUACCUUGCAAUUGAAAAUGAGUUUGUCAAUCGAAUGGAGGCGCUACGUCCUCAAGAUCAAAGGACCCAAGAAGAGAGAUCAAAGGUUGACGAUCUGCGCGGGUCACCAAUGAUUGUAGGAACGCUGGAGGAGAUGAUUGACGACGACCAUGCCAUCGUCUCAUCAUCUUUGGGACCUGAAAGCUAUUCCUCGAUCAUGUCAUUUGUGGACAAAUCGGAGCUAGAGCCCAAUUGCUCUGUCCUCUUGCACAGCAAGACAAUGUCUGUUGUCGGUGUGCUUCAAGACGACACUGAUCCAAUGGUUUCCGUGAUGAAGCUAGAAAAGGCACCGCUGGAAACAUAUGCCGAUAUCGGAGGCCUUGACUCGCAAAUCCAGGAGAUAAAGGAAGCCGUCGAGCUACCCUUGACACAUCCAGAGCUAUAUGAAGAGAUGGGCAUUCGUCCGCCAAAAGGCGUGAUUCUUUAUGGACCUCCAGGAACUGGAAAGACGCUUCUUGCAAAGGCCGUUGCCAACCAGACAUCUGCCACUUUCCUACGUGUCUUCGGCUCUGAACUCAUCCAAAAAUACCUUGGCGAUGGCCCAAAACUGGUUCGCGAGCUCUUCCGACUUGCGGAAGAUAAUGCCCCAUCAAUUGUAUUUAUUGAUGAGAUUGAUGCAAUCGGAACCAAACGUUAUGACUCCAAUUCUGGAGGCGAAAGAGAAGUGCAAAGAACAAUGUUAGAGCUUCUUAACCAACUGGACGGAUUCGAUUCCCGUGGAGAUGUCAAAGUGAUCAUGGCAACUAAUCGAAUCGAAUCGCUGGAUCCAGCGCUUAUUCGCCCAGGAAGAAUCGACAGGAAGAUCGAGUUUCCUCUACCUGACGUUAAGACUAAAAGGAGAAUAUUUGCUAUCCACACUGCAAGGAUGAAGUUAUCCAAUGACAUUGAGAUUGAGCGGCUUAUCCCGGCCAAAAACGAUCUUUCUGGGGCUGAUAUUAAGGCGAUUUGCUCAGAGGCUGGACUGCUUGCACUUAGGGAAAGAAGAACGACCGUCAGCAAUUCUGAUUUCCAAAAGGCAAAGGAGAGGGUUCUGUAUCGCAAGAAUGAAAGCACACCGGAAGGCCUUUAUUUGUGA